AUGAAUCCAAACCCCAAUACCAUUGAAAUAGGAAAUUUUGAAUUACAAAUACAAAAUUUAAUAAAAAAUUCAAUAUUAUCUCAAAAUUAUGAUAUCAAUACUUUUGUUUCAUUUGCAUCGUAUAUAUUUCAAUUCAUUUCAACAUAGCAAAAUUCGAAAAUAAAUUAAUAAUACGCCUAAUUCAAAAUAAGUUUGCAUAAAUAUGAUAUCUUAUUUGUAAAAAUACUUACUGGAAAUAUUUGGACCAAAAUUUAAAAAUCAGCCAGAAUUAGAUGAUUUUUUUACAGCUUUUAAGUAAUAUGAAAAAGCUGCUCAUUAUCUUAAUCUUGCUUGCUAUCAUGUCGUAUUUAGUACUUCUUUAUUUAGUGCUAUAAUUUAAGUUUAAAAGAAAUCUUUUCUUUUUGGAAAUUUGCAGUUUGCAAAAUAAUUAAAGAUAAUAUUGAUUAUAUUAGAUAGAAUAUUUUUAAAAAUUUGGAAAAUCUUCUAGAUGAAUUUUAUAAGUUAUAAGAGUCAGAAUUUGUUCAUAUACAAUAAUAAAAGGAAUUAGUAAAUGUGAAAGAAAACAGAGAAAAUCUUUUAAAUAAAUUUUAGAGUUACAUAGAAAUUCUAUUAAGCCUAUCUUUGAAUGAAAUUUUAAUAUAAAGAAAGAUAAAUAUUCUAGAGGAUUUUUGUUAGUCAUUAUAUAGAUUUAUUUAGAUAGAAUAUGAAUAGAAGAAUAAAAGAUGGUUUUAAAUUUAUACAGUUUAAGAAUAUUUAUUAUUGGUUGAAAGAGAGUUUUAAAUAAAUUAGGAAUUGUUUAUAUGUUUGAAUAGUAAUACAAAAUUUCAAAGUCACUAUUAAAAAAUUUUGAGAAUUAUUUAUGAGAAUUUGUUAUUUAAAUAUAGAAAUGUCAUUUUAAAGGAUGAAAGAGGUUUUGUAGGUUUACUAAACUAAUUUUUUACACAAGAAAUUUCAUAAAAAGAAAUUCUAAGUUAAUAAAUUGUCUAAAUUUUGAGAGUAUAUUCAAGAUUUUAAGAUCAAGAGAGAUAUUUCAUAGAUUUUAAAUAAAAGUUUCAAGAAUUUGUAAGAAAAAAUAUAGAAGAACAAUAUAAAAAGGCAACCUUGCAUCAUGAAUUAGAAAAAUAGAAAUCAAAAUAUAAAUCUUUAGUAAAAAUUUUGUGUGAUAUUUAUAAUAAAUUUGAAUAUCUUAUAAAAUUGUGUUUUAGGGAAAGUAAAAAUAACAAUAGUAGGUAUGAUCUUGAACUGAUAGUUAAAUCAGAACUUAAUAAAUUUUUUAUUAAUUUAGAAUAAGUAAGAAAGUAAAUAUUAUAAAGAGUAUUUAUUUGACUUUAAAAUUAUGUAAUUAUGUACAUGAUCUUAUGAUGUAAAUGGCAAAAUCAGAUGAUUAAUUUUAGAUAAAAGAUAAUUAUGAUGAGAUUUUAAAAGUAUAAAAAUAUUUAUUACCUUUUGUAAAAGAUUUUGAUUAUUAUUUAAUUGUAAGAUUUUAAACAAAUUAAAUUAGAUUUAUAGUUAUAGAUUAGCCUCAAGAUUACUUAAUUAUCUUAUAUUUUUUGAAAUGUAAGCUGCAUAAUUUCAUUUAGAAAAUGAAAUUAAUAUACUUGAUUAAUUGAAAUAAUUUUGUGGUGAGAAAAAAUUAAAAAAAUUUAGCCAAAUGAUUUCUGAAACUAAAGAUCUUUUGUUAUAAAAAUCCAUAAUGGUAUAUUAAGAAUAUUCUUCAGAAAUUAUUUUAAUUAAUAAAAAAAAAUGGCCAGUGCUCCAUGAAAACGAUCAAUAUGUGUUUAAACAAUUGUAUAUUAAAAAAGAUUAAUAUUAAAAACAAUUUUAAAUCAGAAAUUAAGAACUUUAAAUCACAGUUGCAUUUAGUGAUACAGUAUCUUUUGUUGAAAUAUAUUGGAAUGAAGUAGACAAAACUCUCAUUAUUAAUUGUGUUUAGGCUGCAAUUUUAUUCUUAUAUGAUUAAAAUGAUGAUUCGAAGACUUUAAAUGAAAUUACUGAAGAACUAAAGUUAGAAAAAGGUUAGGUAUUAUUUUAACUGGAAAGAAUGGUAAUAAUUAAUAUAGGUUUAGGUUUAAUAAAAAAUAUUAUGGAAUGAUGGAGAUAGUUAUUUUUUGAAUGAUUCAUAAAUAUAACAAGAAGUUAAAGAAAAUUUGAUCGUAAUGGAUCACAACAUUUAUGAGAACUCUAAUUAAAUAAAUUAAAGUAAAUAUUAAAUAAAAUCUAAGUCAAAACGUUUUAAGAUAAUACUUAAGAUCUCAAAUAUUAAUUAGAGGCAUUUAUAAUAAAAAAUAUGAAAGUAGAAAAAAAUAUGAAUCAUACUAAUUUGCUUGAAAUUGUUUAAAAACAUUUUUAUCCUACUCCAGUAAAUAAUGAAAAACUCAAGGAAUCUUUAGAUUUCUUAAUUAAAUAUAAUUAUAUAAGAAGAGAUGAAAAAGAGAAAUCAAUUUAUCAUUAUGAGUGA